AUGGACAAACAAGAAUUUACUGAUAUUAAUUUUGAUAAAUUAAUCAAUACUAUUGCUCACGAAUUGGCUCAUGCUUAUCAAAGUACUAUUCAUAUCAGAAAACCUGACAAUGCUAUAAAAAGUCAAUGUGAAAGAGAAGAAAGUUGUCGUGAUGAGAAAAAUAAUGAUUCCGAAAAUAAGCCAUUAAGUGAGAGAGAAAACUGUGAAUAUUGUGGGAAAAUUAAAAGUUACAAUUGUUGCGAGAGAAGUUCUCAAGGACAAAAUAAAAGCAAUGACCUUUUUAUCAAAAAUUUAGAGGAAGUGCAAGGUGAUGAAAGAGACAUUAUUAUUUUUUCCAUUGGCUAUGCUCGGAAUGAAGAGGGCAAAUUUUAUCUCCGUUUUGGUCCGCUUGGUCAAAAAGGGGGCGAAAAGCGGCUUAAUGUCGCCAUAAGUCGGGCACGGGAGAAAAUAAUUAUUCCGGAAAGAGUUCAAGGAAUAUUAAAAAAACUUCCGGGGAUUGCUAAUUCUUCUCUUUAUGAAAAGGAUUCAGAACCAAAAGAGUUUGAUUCAUUAUUUGAAGAAAAAGUGUAUAACGAGUUGGUGAAGCAGAUUGAAAAGUAUGAAGUUCACAAACAAGUAAAAAGUGUGGGUUAUCAUAUUGAUUUAGCCCUUUGA